AUGGCUCGCAAGUUCUUCGUCGGCGGCAACUUCAAGAUGAACGGCUCCGUGUCGUCCAUCAAGGAGAUUGUUUCCAACCUCAACAACGCCACCCUUGACGAGAACGCUGAGGUCGUCGUCUCCCCUCCCGCCCUCUACCUCUCUCUCGUCCGCGAGACCCUCCGCCCCGACAUCGAAGUCGCCGCCCAGAACGUCUUCGACAAGCCCAACGGUGCCUACACUGGCGAGAUCUCCGUUGCCCAGCUCAAGGACAGCAACAUCAACUGGGCUAUCCUCGGCCACUCUGAGCGCCGAACCAUCCUCGGCGAGUCCGAUGACGUUGUCUCCUCCAAGACCAAGUACGCCACCGAGAACGGCCUGAAGGUCAUCUGGUGCUGCGGUGAGAGCCUCGAGACCCGCGAGGCCGGCAAGACCAUCGAGUUCGUCUCUGCCCAGAUCGAGUCCCUCAAGUCCCAGAUCUCCGACUGGAGCAACAUUGUCAUCGCCUACGAGCCCAUCUGGGCCAUCGGCACUGGCAAGGUUGCCACCGUCGAGCAGGCUCAGGAGGUUCACAAGGCCAUCCGUGACCUCCUCCGCGGCAUCAGCGACAAGGUCGCCGACGAGACCCGCAUCCUCUACGGCGGCAGCGUCAACGAGAAGAACUGCGGCGAGCUCUCCAAGCAGCCCGACAUUGACGGUUUCCUCGUCGGUGGUGCUUCCCUCAAGCCUGCCUUCGUGGACAUCAUCAACGCCACCAAGCAGUAA